GCCAAAUUUGUCAAAUACGUAAUGAUAAUUGGGUACUCUGGGGAACUAAACAGGAACCGGUUGAGAUCAUCAUAAGCGUCCGCAUGCUUGGGGACGAACCUGCCUUCUCCGCUCUUGGAAGGUCCUUGCCUUUGUCUGACGACUUGCGCGUGUUCGAAAAGUUUUCUCGAGUGCACUGCGACUCAACUCAAGUUCUAUAAAAGACGCCGAUCCCCUAACUAUGGAACUCCCAGUGUGUUCAGGGCUCAAAAGAGACUUCCAGCAAAAUGAAUCGUCACGACGCUGCAGAAAUCGAGAAGGGUGACAAAGCCCAGUACUAUGAGUCGAAGAGUGGGAUCCAUGGGGACCAACCGAUUCUUGGAGCUAAGAGUGUUGCAGAGGUAGAGGGCAGAGGUGGUGAGACACAGAGGGGGCUAAAGAGCCGACAUAUCCAGUUUCUAGCUCUUGGAGGGGCCAUCGGGACUGGUCUCUUCGUCGGUUCAGGUGGGAUUCUCGCCCUCGUCGGACCAGCGCCCCUUUUCAUGGCGUACUUGUCCAUGAUGAUAGUAGUCUGGAAUGUCAUGAACAAUCUUGCAGAGGUUGUGACUUAUCUUCCAAUGAAGGGGAUUACAAUUCCUUAUUUCGUGAAGAGGUUUGUGGAUCCAAGCCUGGCUUUUGCAGUCGGCUGGAAUUACUGGUAUGCCUACGCUAUUCUCGUAGCAGCUGAGGCCACAGCUGGAGCCAUUCUUCUCGAUUAUUGGAGCACACCAGUCCCAGACGCUGUUUGGAUUACCAUCUUCCUCCUAGUCAUUCUGUUUCUGAACAUUGUCGUAGUAGGCAUUUUUGGAGAAGCAGAGUUCUGGUUCGCCAGUAUCAAGUUCAUCACAAUCAUGGGCCUCAUAAUCCUUGGAUUUGUCAUCAUGCUCGGCGGUAGUCCGAACGACCAAGGACGUCUAGGCUUCCGAUACUGGAACAAUCCAGGAGCGUUUACACCGUACUUAGUUGGCGGCUCUACAGGUCGCUUCCUAGCUUACUGGGCAGCCUUCGUACGGGCAGGUUUCGCGUUUAUCACUUCCCCUGAGCUCAUCGCUCUAGCGGCAGGAGAAACAAUUGCGCCCCGCCGCAACAUCCCUAAAGCGGCCCGCCGCUUUGUCUGGCGUCUCGCCAUUUUCUACGGAUUUGGAUCUUUCAUUAUUGGUGUCAUUGUUCCCUCAACUGACAACCGACUCUUAAGCCCCAACUCCAAUGCCUCAGCCUCCCCUUUUGUUAUUGGCAUCGCGCGGGCUGGAAUUAAAGGCCUCAAUCACGUCAUCAACGCCGCAAUCCUAACAUCCGCCUGGUCUGCCGGCAACGCCUUCCUAUUCUCCGGGUCUCGAGUUUUAUACGGUAUGGCUCUCGGCGGCGACGCGCCACGCAUCUUUGGCCGCACAAACCGCAACGGCGUUCCUUGGGUUGCUGUCCUUGCAACCUGGCUCAUCGGCCUUCUCGCAUUUCUCAAUGUCUCAAAUACCGGAGCCCAAGUUUUCACCUGGUUCUCCAACAUCUCAACCAUCAGCGGCUUCAUCGCCUGGAUCGUAGUAAUGAUAACCUACAUCCGCUUCCGACGUGCCUUAGUCUACCACAACCUACUCCAUACACUCCCCUUCCGCACCCACUUCCAGCCCUACUUUGUCUACUUUGUUCUCUUUAUUGUCUCCCUCCUCACCCUUACAAACGGCUUCCAAGUCUUCUUCCCGAGUAAAUGGUCUGCAGCGAACUUCUUAGCUGCCUAUAUUACCUUACCGAUCUUCGUGGUGCUGUAUUUGGGCCAUAAACUCUGGUUUAAAACGGCUUGGGCAAUCAAGGUACAUAAUAUUGAUGUGAUAAGUGGGAAGCGCGAAAUGGAUGAGUUGUGUGCGUUAGACGCGGAACCGAUGCCGAAGAACUGGCUGCAGAGAGCUUGGUUUUGGGUUGCGUGAAGAUGGGAAGUUGGAGAUAAAGUGAGAUUUGAGAUAGAACUCUAGAUAUUCGUGAC